AUGGAGUUGCAAAGGAAGCGUAGUUUCAAUACUUCAACAGUGUCUCACGACUUCAGAAAAGAAUAUAAAGGAUCUUUUUUGGAGAAAAAAUGUAGGAAAGUGAAGAAAGAGGGAAAGAAAAAUGGGUUGAAAUCGCUUGCUGAAUGGAUUCUCACCAAAACUUCAACUGGAAAGAAAACGACGUCUUCAAAUACAGUUUCUCAAAAAACUGGAUCUGGUGCCAAAAUUGUGACAAUUCAAGAGAAAAUGCCAUAUUUUGAUCACGUUCCAAAUGAGAUCUUCUUCCAAAUCCUCAAGAACUGCAAAACGGAUCAGCCCUCCGUUCUGGCUAUUCGCCGAGUUUCUAAUCGUUUCAAUGCUUGUAUGGACCAUGUAGCCGAUGUGAAGAUGAAUGUGUUAUCUCGUCUUGUGCUUUCUGGCCUUGGUAAAAAAGGAAUCGAAAUGAGAUGGGUCAGUUAUGAAGGUCAAAAGACAAAGACUACGGUAGUCCCAUGGGAUGUCGUUCGAUCUCCGAAAUCUGGUUUUGAAUUCAAUUUCAAUAGAUUUUCAAUUCAGAGAAUUUUAUUGAAGAAUGUUCCACUUUCGGAUGAUCUCAUUGACUUCCUCCGAAGCCUUCUUCAACUCUCUGAUCUUUCAAAACUCAUUCAAUUAUCAUUGUCUCAAGUCGACUUCUCUCCUUCAAACUCUUUAUCUCUUCAUCGUUUUCUUGCGCCAAUGGCGAAAACUCUGGAAAUCUUUGAAAUCACCCAAUGUACUGGAAUGCGUGCUGAUUCUGUGACUGAUGAACAUUUGGCUCAAUUGGAUGCAUCGACCGUCAGAAGAAUUUGCAUCGAUGGAGUUCGAUUCGCGUCUCUGUCCACUAAAAAUUUGGAUAUUGGAGAUGGUGCAUUGAGGAGAUUCGCGAGACUGGGAGCUUUCCCAACUAUGAUUCUGGACAGAUGUGCUGUGACAACAAACACAGUUUGUGACUACACAAAGGAAUGGUUCGAACAGUGUAAUGAAUCGGAAAAGCAAUUGAGAAGUCAAGUGUGUACGGUGAAAAGAUGUCCAAAAGUUAAAGGAUCCCAAUUCGAGUCCGAGUGUCGUCGUCGCGGUCUUCGUUGCAAGAACAGACGUGGUUCUGGAUCUCUGACGUUGUACAAUGUACAAGAAGAAAACACGAAACGAGAGUUCACCAUCGCAUUGGCUGCACUUGAAGACAAAGAAUUGGCUGAGAAGCUCAAAACUUCAGAGUGCCAAAACAAUGCCAACUUGCUGACUGUGCCAUCUUUCUGA